GAGUCACCUCAAGUACAACCAGAUAGCUCCGCCCAUACGGCCACAUCUCUCUGCGUCGCUCUCUCUCUCUCUUCCAUGGUCCACCGCUUGAUCUCAGUAUCAUUUCCUUCCUAAAACUCUUGCUGGCUUUUACCUCCAAAUCAUUGCCUUCCCAAAUCAAUCAAUCAAGUUUUCUCGCUCUGCAGAACCUAAUUUCCCUGUUGCAGUUCCUUCGCUGGUUCAAUCUUUUUCUCUCUAUCUCUCUCUCCAUGGGGUGAUGGGGAAAUCAGGAGAAGGCCCCAACCUGACCAGGUCUCUGUCGUCCUCGUCCUCAAUCUCUUCGGACUUCGAAUUCACCAUCUCACUCUCUCCUGCCUCCAGGAAGACGUCCUCCACCCUCUACUGCCCUGCCGAUGAGCUCUUCUUCAAGGGCCAACUUCUUCCCCUCCACCUCCCUCCUCGCCUCCGAAUCAUCCAAACCCUCACCACUCCUACCAGCACCGGUCGUCCUAACUCACCACCACCGCCACCAGAUCGCCAUGCAUCACCACCGAUCUCUUUCUCCACCACCACCGCCGCCGCGGCAGCCUCCCGUCCGCGACCGGCUACCACCGUGUUCCCUCCUCGCGUACCACCUUCCAUCCACCUGACCAGCACGGCCAACAACGACUCCAGCGGCUGGAGCUCCGAUGCCACGAGCUCCCGAGACUCCAACAGCAGCUCCUGCGACUCCUCCCGCCGCACCAGCUCCGCGACAACCGAUGACGAAGAUGCCCACCUGACCUCCCUCAAGAAACUCCGCCACUUUGCCCGUCUCCCCACCAAAAAGCCGGUCGCGCCGCCAACACCGAGGCCACCGCCACCGCCACCGCCACUAAGCAACAAACCACCGAGCAAGAUGAAGAUCUCCUCAAUCUUCCUCACCAAGGGCAAGAAGAUGAGCAGAUCCGCGAAGAACGUAUUCCAGAAGUACAUCAACAAGGUGAAGCCCCUCUACGAGAAGAUCUCUCACAUGAAAGCAGGGGAAGAGCGGCUCGUGAAGGCGAGGGACAGUUGCAGCAGCACCGGCAGCUCCAGCUUCCACGCCACCCAUCACUCCCACUCCUUCUCCGGCAACUUGAGCGGGUUUCCCAAGAGAAGGGCAUCGGCGCGUCCAAUCCGUGGCUACAUAGGGAGCUGCCCUCCGUCGGUGAUGUCGUCGCCGAGUCACAGUGGGGUGCUGACCUUCUCCGGUGAGUUCUUGCCAUCGAUGGACAGCAGCAGCAUGGAGGAGCUGCAGAGCGCUAUCCAGGGAGCCAUCGCCUAUUGUAAGAACUCCAAUGCUGUACAUGACAAGUGAUGACUUAAACUGACAUAGUACUGGUUUCACCGGCCGAUGGUGACGGCCGUCUGUCUCUCUCACUCUUUCUCUCUCUCUUUCCCGUUUACAGAGAGCUUUUUCUCUGUUCUUGUUUGCCAAGUUUGGUGAAUGGUAGGAUUUUCAGUUUUGGCUGUCUUGUUCAUUAUCAUCUGAAUGUUAUAGCCGCGGUAGUUAUUCACUUUUUCUCAGGUGAUUACCUUCUGAAUGUUAUAGCUGUGUUAGUUACUCCCUUUUUUCAGAUCUCUCUCUUUCCCCCUGUCUCCUCCAUGGAUAAAGGCCACUGUAUCAGUGGGAAAAAAUGCAGAUGAUCAUGAAAUUUUGCCUCUGUUCUCUCUCUCUC